UUCGUUUGUUGGAGAGUCGAACCGCCGGUGUCGUCUGCAGAGAAGCCACGCGUCCAGGUGACGCUGCGACUCCCGCAGCUCCCCCUGGCUCAGCCACCCCGCCACCUCACUUACUGUCCCCGGGAUGAUGCUGCGCUAGGAGGAGGGGGAGUAUCCCAGCAUGCCCUUCUACAGCCGAAGAUGGAUGCUGCAGUCUGGCGCUGCUUUAGUUCGUCGGGCUGACAUUUCCAGUUGCCGUCGCGCCCAGCAUCCCAGUGCUUUUUUUUUUUUUUUUUUCUUCUUCAAACUAAACCUUUGGUCGACUCAUUGUGUUACAGUAUUAGGACUCCUGCAGCUGCAGUCACCUUUCCCUCAUAUGAGGGUCCAGCCAGCCGCGCCUGUAUAAGGGGGCAACAGCAUGGACCCUCUGGGCAAACCCUACACGUCUAUGAGUGUACCCAAUCCUGAUACCAACAGAGGAGAGGGUGACCUGGCAAAAAGAGACGGCGACAUCGGCGCUGGCCAGAGAGACGCUGACGAGUCACUGGAGGAAAAGUUAAAGGGGAUGACAAUCAGAAAGCAGACUUCGUACAGAAAAGCCAUUUCUCGCUCUGGACUUCAGCAUCUUGGACUACAAGCACCUUAUCCUGUGCUCUCUCACAGGCCAGCCAAAGAAAUAAGAAGUACAGUUGACUGGAGUGAGAAUGCAAUAAAUGGAGAGCACUUGUGGCUGGAGACAAACUGUUCUGGAGAUCUUUGUUUGCUGGGAGCUGAGAUCUGUGUUGUCCAGAUUGCAAAGUCUGCUCCCCGGAGAAAAUGUGCUUCUUGUAAAAGCGUAGUACACAUAGCCUGCAUGGAGCUGCUAGAGAAGAUCAAUUUUCGAUGCAAACCAACCUUUAGAGAGGGGAGCUCCAGAUCCUUGAGAGAUCAGAACAUUGUUCGUCACCAUUGGGUUCAUCGUCGGCGACAAGAGGGCAAAUGCAGGCAGUGUGGUAAGAGUUUCCAACAAAAAUUCUCCUUCCACAGCAAAGAGAUUAUAGCCAUAAGCUGCUCGUGGUGCAAACAAGCGUUCCAUAACAAGGUGACAUGUUUCAUGCUGCAUCAGAUUGAAGAGCCAUGUUCUCUGGGGGCUCAUGCCGGUGUCAUUGUACCCCCUUCCUGGAUCAUAAAAGUGAAGAAGCCCCAGAACUUUUUUAAAAAUCCCAGCAGAAGAAAAAAAAGGACAUCGUUCAAACGAAGAACCAGCAAAAAGGGCCUAGAUGAUGCAAAGUGGCAGCCUUUCCUCAUUAAACCCUUUCCAUCACCUUUAAUAAAGCCACUCCUAGUCUUUGUGAACCCUAAAAGUGGUGGAAAUCAGGGUACAAAGGUUCUUCAGAUGUUUAUGUGGUUCUUAAACCCACGUCAAGUCUUUGAUCUGUCUCAGGGAGGACCUAAGGAGGCGUUAGAAUUGUACAAGAAGGUGCCAAACUUACGGAUUCUUGCUUGUGGAGGUGAUGGAACGGUUGGAUGGAUACUCUCUGCCUUGGAUGAACUUAAGAUGAGUCCUCAGCCACCUGUUGCUGUGUUGCCUCUGGGAACAGGGAAUGACCUAGCACGUACUCUGAACUGGGGAGGGGGCUACACUGAUGAGCCAAUAACAAAAAUCCUUUGCCAUGUGGAGGAUGGGAACAUCGUGCAACUGGAUCGCUGGAAUGUAGAAGUACAGAGGAAUUUUGCACACAUUCGUGAAGACCAGGAGGAAGGUGCUUCAAAGCUUCCUCUGAGUGUUUUCAAUAACUACUUUAGUCUGGGGUUUGAUGCCCAUGUUACUUUGGAGUUUCAUGAAUCCCGAGAAGCCAACCCUGAAAGAUUUAACAGUCGAUUUCGGAAUAAAAUGUUUUAUGCUGGGGCAGCAUUCUCAGAUUUUCUUCAACGAAGUUCAAGAGACUUGGCAAAACAUGUUAAAAUUGUGUGUGAUGGCACAGAUUUAACGCCGAAGAUACAAGAGCUGAAAUUCCAGUGCAUUGUCUUUUUAAACAUUCCUAGAUAUUGUGCAGGCACUAUGCCCUGGGGAAAUACAGGAGACCAUCGAGAUUUUGAACCACAACGACACGAUGAUGGCUGUAUUGAGGUUAUUGGAUUUACCAUGGCUUCUUUGGUUGCACUACAGGUAGGAGGUCAUGGUGAGCGGCUUCACCAGUGCAGAGAAGUAGUAGUGACAACUUUCAAGACUAUACCUGUACAGGUGGAUGGAGAGCCUUGUCGACUAGCACCUUCUACCCUGCAUAUUUCUCUUAGAAACCAAGCCAACAUGGUGCAGAAGAUUAAGAGACGCACGUCUGUUCCUCUUCUAAAUGAUAUUCAGAAGGUCUGUAAUGCUGAUGUGAGGCGUGUGUCUGCACCACCUGACUCCUUCAGUGUUCCACAUUCUCUUCCUGAACGUUUGCGGAUUCGAGUGAACAGAAUUAGCCUCAAUGAUUACGAAGUUCUGCAGUUUGACAAAAACCGACUGCGAGAAAUAUCAAUCCCUGUGGGAAUCAUUGUUAUACGAGGAGACUGUGAUCUUGAGACCUGCAGACUCUACAUCAACCGUCUUCAAGAGGACUUGUACCCGGUGUCUUCUUCAGAUUCACUACAAGUGCAUUAUCCAUUUGGGAAUGGAUCCCAGCUCAGACUCUGCCCAUCACAAAGGCUUUCAACAGACUGGUGUUUUGUAGACUUUACAUCUACUGAUCGCUUCUAUCUCAUAAACAGAGCUCAGGAGCACCUCCACUUUGUAACAGAAAUAUCUCAGGAUGAGGUUUUCAUUUUAGAGAAUCAGUUAUUGGGGAAACAGGCUGAAGCUAACUCAGGAAUGCCUGACAUCAUGGUGGAAUCCAGCUCGGAGUAAGUUUAAAAACUUAACAAAGCAAACCUCUAAAGAACAGGGCUUGUGAAACUGAUGUUGGUACAUUGCCAAGAAAACAAAGCAAGUUCGAGAUUGUCACCAAUGAAGCGCUGAAGACUGCUGUUGCUCCCUUCAGUCAAAAGGAGAGUUGAGUGAUGGAUGUGGAACCUUGCAAACCUGCACUUUGGUGGAUUAAGGCUUAACAGGCAAUUUAUUUGCCUUUCUCUGGAAGUGGAAAGCUGUGAAGAGUGCUUCAUGUGUACUUGUGCUUUAUGUUUUUUAUUUAAAUUCAAAAGUGGGGAAAUUACAGCUGGUGUACUUCUGGAGUUUUAUCUCCCCUGCUGGUUUCUUACCUUAUGCCUAUAAAUUGGGACACUUUAUUGUUCAAUAUAGGCUGUUAUGCAAGGCUGACCAUUCCAGGUUAGCUCAUUACAUUGCUGAACAUACUGUGCACUCUCCAGUAUUAACAGAAGCAGAUCGAAAAAAUCCAGAAUAAAGUUUCAGAUGAAGAUGUAGGAAUUUUUUUGAAUAUGAGCGAACAACUGAUGCUUGCCUUAUCGAUAUCUGUGGGCAUCAAGUAUGCAAUGUAUGGUCUGUCAUCCAAGGUGUUUUUUUGUUUAAUGUUCGCAUUUGAUCUAGUCAGUAUGACUAGUAAAUUAAAGAUUAAGCCGCCAUCUGUUGUGAAAAUGAAGUUUUCCGUACAGCAUGUUUAUUUUUAAAUAGGUUAGUACCUUCAAAGUUGCAGUCUCCUACAUUCUGACACACUCUGCCACAGUCAUUCACAGUGGUUGUGCUUUAUAAACACCCACUCCUUCCAGUCCUUGGGACAUGACCUGUAGAAUCUGUCUGUCUUUCCAUAUUUUUAUUCCUUUUGCAACCAAAUUUUGGAUUUCCUUGGUGAGCUGAUGUCACUCUCAGUGUGAAGCUGUGUGUGUAUGUGUGUGAAUCCCACCUUAAACCUUUAUGCAUAUGCACUGUAACUUUCUUCACAGUAAAUUCUCAUCAGAUAUUUUUCUCUGUCAGGUGUUAGUGUAACAAAUGUUCACAGUGGGCCAAAUUGCUUUUACAGAUUACUUGUACCUGGAUAAGCACAGACUAAUAAAGCAUAUUUUUUAUUUUUAACCUAAGUGGUCUGCUAAUAGUCAGUUCCAGUCAAUGAUUUCUCCAGUCAAGAGUUCCAGCCUCUGGUGCUACUUAGCAGAUAUCCAAAGGAACUGUUAGUAAUAACUCGUCUACUUUGAAAAAAAAGACAUUCCCAAGCUUUUCCAGGUUCAAUUUCAUUCAUGCAAGUGUGGUUAAAUGAAGAUUCCUAUUAUUACUUAAAUUUAAAAAAAUAAUUAUCUUCCAAGAUGCCUCAGGGUUGUGCAGAAACAGUUGAUUUUUUUUUGUGAAAACCUUGAUAUUUGGUCACAAAAAUAUUGAAGAUGACUAUAAUUGUUCAAAUGGUGUUGUAUUUGUUUUGUACACACUGAAUUCUGUUAAAUGCAUCUGAGCCAUAUUCAAUGCAAUAUGAAUGGGAUACAUUUCUGCAUAUUUGCAUUAUAUUAAUGUUUUAAAAGCUGGAUAGCCGUAAUUAAUGGGCUUAUUGUUGGAUGGCAUUUAUUCUGUGAAAGUGGUUACAACGUACUUGUUUCUGGUUUUUAGUUUGAGGGCUUUAAAUUCUAUAUACUCUUAAUAUGGAAAACAUUUGGUUUUUUUCUCUCUGUUUUUCUAGCUUGUGCCAAUUGUUGGAUUUCAAUUGCAUUGGACUUUAUGGAAUUAUUUUUGUCUUGCCUUCUAAUCAAAGAAGAGACUGAAACAUUUGAAGUAUAUGCUUGAAAUCCUUAUUUUUAAUUUAUUCAAUGCACAGUAAGUUUCAGUGAAUACAUAAAGUAGGUGACAAGAAUGUUUGGACUGUUGAAAAGCUUCCAUUUUCUGUAAUUUGGACACAUACUCAAAAUGCUUGUGUCCAGUGCAUGGCCAAAUGGUGACCUGGGUGCCGAUUCCUGUGAAAAUAAAAGCCUAAACACCGAAGGUGUUCCUAUUCC